GUUGCUAAUCAUAUCUAUUGAAAAAGAGUAAUAAUAAAAAAUAAAAAUUGUACAGAGAUAACGAGAAGACUGGAGAGUCUGGAAUCAGAACUGAAGACUAUACUUUACGCAGUCUCUUGAGAAAGAGGAACGACCUACGGACUCGAAAGAGAAAAUGAUUUCCAGAACUAGCUGAGAGUAUAAAGGAGGGUCUGCAUCAGUUCUUAAACAACAACAAAUAUAAUAAUAUGUCUGGACAUGAUGUUAGCUGCAUGUCUGCUGGAGACACAUACAAAGGAAAUAUGGUGGUUGUCCGAUGGCGAACAUCCAAAAUCAACCGCAACGGAUAAAUUAUCGCCAACCUUUACCCAGUCUCUCCCACACCCUGCGUUGAACUUGUCCAUCUCAUCUCGCAACAAAGCCGUCAAUUUCCAUCAAGAGAAUCACCAUAAGCUAUAGAGGAUUGCUCUCUGCAUAUAAUGGGUGUUAGAGAAUCCCAUGGGGAUGCCACUGGCACCCCCGAGGCUGUCGAGAAGGGAUUUGCUACCCUUGACACGCUCAAGAUCGGUGUGAAGGCUAUGGUUCAGAAGGAUGGGGAAUUUCGGAAGGCAGAAUUGCUCUCUUUCAGGCAACGAAAAGAUGGGCCUUAUUUCUAUGUUCAUUACGUGGACUUCAACAAACGUCUUGACGAAUGGAUCUCUGCGUCUAGAAUUGAUUUAUCCCAAGAGGUUGAAUGGCCGUUGCCCGAGAAGCCCGAGAAGAAAAAGACUGGAGCAGGGAACAAAGCGCCCAGCAAGAACAAACGCGCGAGAGCUGGUAGUCGUGAUGUCUCGGCGACCCCAGAUCGUCUGGUCGGUAAGAAUAUCAAUGUUGGUAAGGCUCAGCGCCCAUCGAAGGCUGGAGGGAAAGAGAAUCGCGUCGUUGAAGACGCUGUAGAAGGCGCCCAGGCCGUCAUCACCCCCAAGAAAGAUCCCGAGGAUGUCGAGAUGGUCGAUGUGGCCGAUGCACAUUCCAUCAAACUGGAAGAUGAGAAGAACAUGGCGCCCGCUACUCGGGAAGAGGAGAUCGAAAGGCUGCGUACCAGCGGAAGUAUGACCCAGAACCCGACGGAAAUCCAUCGUGUCCGUAAUUUGAACCGUCUGCAGAUGGGCAAGUACGAAAUAGAGCCGUGGUACUUCUCUCCGUACCCCUCUUCCUUCACUGACGUUGAUAUGGUUUACAUCGAUGAGUUUUGUCUGAGCUACUUCGAUGACAAGAGGGCCUUUGAACGGCACCGAUCUAAAUGCACCCUUCUCCACCCCCCUGGGAAUGAGAUCUAUCGGGACGACUAUAUCUCCUUCUUUGAAGUAGAUGGUCGGCGCCAGCGUACUUGGUGCCGAAAUCUCUGUCUUUUGAGCAAGCUCUUCCUCGACCACAAGACCCUUUACUACGAUGUCGAUCCCUUCUUAUUCUACUGCAUGUGCACGAGAGACGAGACCGGUUGUCACCUUGUCGGCUACUUCUCCAAGGAGAAAGACUCGGCAGAAGGCUACAACCUCGCCUGUAUCCUAACGCUACCUCAGUAUCAGCGUCGCGGAUUUGGACGACUGCUUAUCUCCUUCAGCUACGAGCUUAGCAAGCGUGAAGGCAAGUUAGGUUCACCGGAGAAGCCCCUCAGUGACCUUGGUUUGCUGGGCUAUCGACAGUACUGGCGGGAAACGCUCGUGGAAAUACUCGUGGAACCGGGGCGCGAGUCUGUCAGCGAAAACGAACUCGCUCUUUUAACAUCUAUGACUGAAAAAGAUGUUCACGAGACACUGGUUGUAUUGAACAUGCUUAGGUACCAUGUAAGCACUCUUCCCUUUCCUUGCCGGAAUUCAUUCCCCUUUCAGAAACUUAAUUAACUCUUAUUUCACAGAAAGGAAACUGGAUCAUCGUCCU